UGCGCAGCUGGGCUGAGACAGAAUCCAGCCUCCAGCACACGGGCACAGCCAGCAUUCGAGGAGCAGGGAGAGCAGAGCCUUUCCACUUGUGUCUGCAGCAGCGUCAGUGCAGUACAGAGUCAAGCAGGGUUACACUGAGACAGAAUCCAGCCUCCAGCACACGGGCACAGCCAGCAUUCGAGGAGCAGGGAGAGCAGAGCCUUUCCACUUGUGUCUGCAGCAGCGUCAGUGCAGUACAGAGUCAAGCAGGGUUACACUGAGACACAAGUGGGUUGACUGCAGUGAAGUGUUGCUGAUCAUGGAUUACGCAAUGAAGUCUCUCUCCAAGUACGUCUCCGCCAGCGCCUCCAUGACCCAGCAGCUGCUCACCGGCCCCGCCACCCGACCCAAACCCUUCCGGGUCGCAAACUUCAACCGCAGCAUCAAGAAGGGCAUCAUGGCUGACGGGCUGAGGGACCUGCUGAACAAGCUCCCGGAUGCCCUGCAUGUAUCCAGUGUGUGCUCUCUGGUCCUCGAGGAGGACGGGACGAUGGUGGACACAGAGGAGUUCUUCCAGACCCUGGACGACAACACUGUCUUUGUCGUGCUGGACAAGGGACAGGAGUGGACCCCCAGUGAUAAUGGAGAGUACCGCUUGCACCUCACGGACAGGCCUCGCCGCAGGAAGGAUGUGGCCAGGAUCACCUUUGACCUCUACAAGUCGAACCCCCGUGAUUUAAUUGGCUGCCUGAACGUGAAGGCCACCCUGUACGGCAUGUACACCGUGUCAUAUGACCUGCGCUGCUACGGGGCCAAGAAGAUGAUGAAGGAGGCCCUGCGCUGGACCCUCUUCUCCAUGCAGGCCACAGGCCACGUCCUAUUGGGCACAUCCUGCUACAUGCAGCAGCUAUUGGACGAGGAGGAGCAGGGGGCGGAGCAGAAAGAGCAGCUGACCCAGCCCACGCAGCUGCAGAGCAUCCUAUGGGGAAAGACGGCGGUGUGACUUCACAAUGGGGAGGGGGCGGGGCCACACUGAGGGCGGAGUUACACAGCAUUCUUCACAUGGUGCAUGUACUGUACUGGAGUGUUGGGGACAUUUGGAAAGGGGAGCUCAUUUACAGACAGGCUGGCUCCCAAGCCAUGCUUUAUUGAUCUGCUGUGCUUUGGUUGAGUUUGAGUUUUGAGUGUGUGUGGGAACGAGGCACUCUUGUAGUGUCUGUGUGUUGCGUGCUGUUCUCCUGCUAGCUACAGGUGUGUCUGCAGACCCUGUGUCUGUUCAGCUUCUUGUAGGAGAUAUUGUUCAGCUCUCCAGUCACACCCACACACACACACACACACCCACACACACCCACACACACACGUACACGUGCUCCAGGCUGUCAGUGCAGGGGGUGUCUGUGUGAUUCUCACACACUCAGAUUCCAGCUGCUUCUCUCUGUAAAGGAGCAAUCCCGGACAAUCCAGGGAUCUUGCCAUCAUGUGCACCCUGAUCUGUGUUUUUAAUCUAGUUUCCACUCUUGUGUUUUAGGGUUGUAAAGCUAGGCGCAUGGGAUCCAUACUGGAAUAUAACAAUAUGCUUGACUUUUAUUUGGUGGCAACCCCCCAGUUCACAUAACAGAGUUUAUACGUUACUUUCUGUAAUGCGGUACGAAUUAUCGCUAUUGUUUUCCAGCGUAUUUGAAAUUAUAAAUUUUCCAGUGUUUAUUUAGAUUUUGAAAGCCACCCUCCUGCACGAGUUUUAUUCAGCAGGAAGUACGAGAACGAGGUGUUUUUCCACCCCACUGACUGCCUGUGCUGCACAGGGAUGUAAUAAUUAUUUGUUUUUGUAUUCACAUUCCAUUCUCCUUUUUGGGUUUACUGUGGUCUGUUUGGCCGCGCUGCGCGCCUCUGUUUGGCCGCGCUGCGCGCCUCUGUUUGGCCGCGCUGCGCGCCUCUGUUUGGCCGCGCUGCGCGCCUCUGUUUGGCCGCGCUGCGCGCCUCUGUUUGGCCGCGCUGCGCGCCUCUGUUUCGCCGCGCUGUCGUCUCACUUCACCAUGUUCUGAAGCACGAUUUCUCACCUGCCUUCGCGUUCGUUUCAGAUCGUUGCUGCCUUUGUUUUAAUGUGUUUAAUGACUUGCAGAAUGCACACUCCGUGAGCGCUGAUGAAGGCUGGUCUCUGCACCGUCACAAAUUCGAAUGGAUUGAUUCACUUAAUAGCACGGUUUGUAUAUAUCUCUGCAGCACCACACAAGUAGGUGUGUAAAACACAGAUCUGAAGAGAGAUUCCCCUGUGUGUGAGACUGUCGCCGCCGCUCCUGAAGUGAGUAAUUCAGAAUAAACUCAAGUGUCCCAGAUUGCUUGAUCUCUGCAGUGAGUGGACUGCCUGCGCCUGGCUUGGUCUUGUGUUGCACGCUGACCCCGCUGUUGACCCUGUUCCUUCUCGUAGCGUGUCAUGAUGCUCUAUACGUUAGCAUGGCGCUGUCCGCUGUGUGCAAACACCCAGACUGGCCGUCUCCACAGCUCUCCUUACUGGGCUCUACUAUAGGAAUGCUUCAAGGAGAGCGAAUGCUUACUCUUUAAAAAAAACAAAGCUCACGACUGCAGCUAGGAAAUACAGAAUUCAUGUUUUUGUUUCUUUUUCUUUUGAUAGUUGUUUCUUGUGUAAAGUUGUAGUUGUUUGGGGGAGGGAGGGGGAGGGUGGAAGAUGUGUGUGAAGAUUUUAACCCUUGCCUGUUAAAAUGAAUGAUCAGUUCUAAGAAGCUAGCAUGCAGAUUUUGCAAAGUUACAUUUUUUUCAAAGGUUUGAAUUAAAGGAUUUGAAUGCAUAAUAUGUGGGGUCGGGGGGG